AAUGCAGGAAAAAUUGGGCACCCAACUGAUAUGCUUCAUUGGGAAAUAUAUGUACGUAGAGUAGAGUAUGGUUCUCUAAUACUUCGCAUAAAGCUUUCAAAGAAUAAUAUAUCUUUGACUGGCCCAUGUAGAUACCAUGUUUUUUCCAUCUGAAUGUAGCCGGUUGAAGGCGGUCUCUCCCCUUCAUUACAAUCGCUCUGAUCCCUCUUUUCCCUCGGUGUUCCAUUCCCAGCAGUAAGCUAGCUAGCAACCAUUCAGCUAAGGAUAGUUUGCUAGCCACUGUGCUGCUAGCUACACCCCUCUUCUUUUUCUGCAUGGUUUCACACAGCAAAUCGUAGCAUACGGAUAACGAAAGAAACAGAACAAGAACAUGGGGGCUUUUCUGGACAAGCCAAAGAUGGAGAAGCACAAUUCGCAUGGUGAGGGCAACGGCCUCCGCUAUGCACUGAGCAGCAUGCAGGGCUGGAGGGUGGAGAUGGAGGAUGCGCACACGGCAGUGAUCGGCCUGCCCAACGGCUUGGCUCCCUGGUCCUUCUUCGCCGUGUAUGACGGACACGCAGGCUCCCAGGUGGCACGCUACUGCUGCGAACACCUGCUGGAUCACAUCACCAGCAACCCAGACUUUCGAGGCAUAGGCUGGAGUGGGAGUGGGAGUGUCAGUGUCGGUCUUAGUGGUGGUGGUGGUGGUGGACGAGGCUGUGUGGGAGAGGAGUGUUCAGAGUUCACAGAGCCGUCGGUGGAGAGCGUGAAGAAGGGCAUCCGCACAGGCUUCCUGCAGAUCGACGAGCACAUGCGGGCGCUGUCGGAGCGCAAGCACGGCGCCGACCGCAGUGGCUCCACGGCCGUGGGCGUGAUGAUCUCGCCGCGCCACAUCUACUUCAUCAAUUGCGGCGACUCGCGAGCCUUGCUGAGCCGCGGCGGCCGUGUGCACUUCUUCACGCAGGACCACAAGCCCAGCAACCCAGCGGAGAAGGAACGCAUCCAGAAUGCUGGCGGCUCCGUCAUGAUCCAGAGGGUCAACGGCUCGUUGGCCGUUUCGCGCGCCCUUGGCGACUUCGACUACAAAUGUGUGCAUGGCAAGGGCCCCACUGAGCAGUUGGUGUCACCCGAGCCUGAGGUCUACGAGAUCGAGCGCUCCGAUGCCGAGGACGAGUUUGUCGUGCUGGCCUGCGACGGCAUCUGGGAUGUCAUGGGCAAUGAGGAGUUAUGCGACUUUGUGCGCUCCCGCCUUGAGGUGACCGAAGACCUGGAGAGUGUGUGCAACGAGAUUGUCGACACCUGUUUGUACAAGGGAAGCCGGGACAACAUGAGCGUGGUACUGGUUUGCUUCCCCGGGGCCCCCAAGAUCUCCCCUGAAGCUGUGAAGAGAGAGGCAGAACUGGAUAAGUACCUGCAGAGCAGAGUAGAAGAGAUCAUUAAGAAGCAGGGUGACGAGGGGGCCCCGGACUUAGUCCAUGUGAUGCAUACGUUAGCGACGGAGAGCAUCCCCAACCUCCCACCUGGGGGAGAGCUGGCCAGCAAGCGUAGUGUGGUGGAGGCCGUGUACAACAGACUCAAUCCCCACAAAGGCGACGACACAUGUGGGGCUACCAAAGAGGGCAGAGUGUUUGGGACCUCCAGACUGUAGAAGGUCUGAAGAGGGAAAUCCUCCCUUUACUCUUCCACUGUCUCUCUCUCCUUUGUUUCUCUGUUCCUCCCUCUCUUUCUCUACGUCCCUACCUCUCUACGUACACUUUCUCACUAUACACCAGUUUCUAUCUUUCACUCCCCCUCUUUUAUUGUUUUUAUAUUAUGAACGUUUCUCUGUUUUUCUCCUUACUUGUUUUUCUCUCUCUCCCUUUCUCUCUCUCUUUCUCUCUCUCUCUCUUUAUCCUCAUCUUUUUCUCUCUAAAGGACUCGGCAUCAACAGAUGACAUGUGGUAACACAGCCUGCCUAUCCCUUAAGCACUGUUAUCUCACAAAUGCCACCUUGUAAUUCGAGACCAACCACAGCCACAACCAACCCCACCCCCACCCACCCACCCCUACAUACACACACACACACCAUCCAUCCUCUAUCCACUGCCUGGACAGCUCUCUCUGGUAUAAAAGAAGGGAAUACGAUGGAUGUGUGGAAGGGGUGAAUGAGAAAAAGGAGGAAGAAGAGGAACAAUUCCAGCAACAAGCACAAGCAACCACUUCCCCUCACUGAGAACCAGCCCAUCAACCCUAACCCUCAGCAUUGCACAGCAACAGUCCACCUUGGAAGCUCCGCACUGAUCCAUGUCCUCGGUUGUCUCACUUGCUUCUAUUUGUGGUGGGCGUAUUUUUUAUUAAUAUAUAUAUAUUAUUUUUUUUAUGGUUUGAUUUGGUUUGGGUUCUUCGUCCUUGCACCUUAGAAACACUAGUUGUGAAGUACAUGGGGGUGGGUUACACUAGGGUGGUUGUGGGUUUGUUUGGAUCAGUUUGAAUGGAUGUGUCUUCCGAUGCAUUUGUAUGCGUUUUGGUGGGAGUGUGUAUAUGAGGGAUAGAUUUAUGUGUUCAUUUAUAAAUUAAAAAAAAGUAUCUGUGAAGUGCAGUAGUCCUUCUGACUGGCAAAAUAAGAAGCCUCUAUUUAGCAAAGUUAGUGAUGAAGUGUAAACAAGCAACCAAGCAAACAAACAAACAGAUAACAAACAAAAGAGGAAAUCACUCAAGAUAUAUAAUAGGAGAAUUCCCAAGUCUUUGCUCUUUGAGGUUAUGUUGAGAUGCGGUACUUUUGUGGGUCAACCACGGGAAAAAAAUCACAAUUGUGAUAUAAAAAAAAAAGGUAAAAUAUUUGUAUUGUUGUGUUUUCUAUUUCUAUCUGACUGUCUCCCCUUUUUCCUUACACUGGCUUUUACGCCCCUCUGAUCAAUCUCUCAAUGCAGGUUCUUCUCUGCCACCCAUUUUUCCAGUUGGAUUGUGUAUGCUUUUUUUUUUUAAAGAGAGUGUGUGUGUUUGUGCGUGUGCGUGUUUGUGUCCGCUUGUGUGUGUCUGAGUGAACCACUAUCCUUGAGCUAGUGUGAAUGUGAGAGUGCAAUCAGGUGACGAUGCCUGCGUUGGCCGGAGAGAAAAAAAAAGUGGGAUCUGGAUAUAUGUGCUCCCUCUCAAAUGGCAAGGGCGCCAUUAUUGUGUGAUUGCCAGCAGGGAUGACUUUGCCACUGCAGGCCUGUGAUUGUCUCCUCACCCUUACAGUAUAGGAGUGCAAAAAGUAUGUAUUGUCAAGGCCGUCUUCACACUCUUUUUUUCCCCUUCUCUCUUUCCUGUUAUUUUACUAUUUUUAUUUUAUGCUUUGCUUGUGAAUGAAGCCUGCCAGCCUGCUAGACAUGAAGCGAAUUGGCCUUUGUUAAAGAGAAAAGUGAGAGAAAAAAGAAAAAAAAAAACACUAACUCUUACUCUGUCUCCUUCCAUUUUCUUUGUUUAUGGCAAGUUGUUGUUGUUGGCUCAUAAAGGGGCAGUUCAGGUGUUCAGGACAGAAGCAGAGUGGAAUGUCCUUCAUGUCAGCCAUUGCUUAGAUCCACCUUUUGUCUUCAUACUUACUGUCCUUCAUUACCUGUCCACAGUAGUCGUCAAACCUAGAGUCCAGUUUCAGAGGCCCAUGCAGCAAUAGUGGGUGUGUGUAGAGAGUGUAAUUCCCAAUCGGUCUGGUGCAUCAGUACACCCCCAGAGCACAGGCUCCUGAUGCUCUACGUGUGCUUUGCACAUUGGCUUUCUGACAAAUCUUACCAUGGCCGUAACAUGGAUAAAUGCUGAGAAGUUACUGAUUUAGAGCAGCCUCAUUUAAAGCAACACAGUGCAGUUCUUUUACCUUAAAACAACAGCUUCUGACUCAUUUUGGUGCUAAACUGACUUACAAUAGGGAAAAUUAAGUUUCAAACAUUGCCAAUGUACGCCCGGAAUGCCCUAUAUUUCAUGAUGUUAUGUUGAUCGGGUAGGAUCAAGAUCCUUUUACUUAUUUUUAUUUUUUUUGACAAACUGGGUGUCACCUCAGCGCUAAAUAACGUUGCAUAUUGACACCAAGGGGCAUAGAUAUCAGUUCUUCCAUUGUGUUGCUAUUGCAUGUUUGUGAUUUAGUUAGUUGAAUCAGACAAGAAACGAAGGGCUGUUGUAAGGUGAAAAAUAGAGGUUUGGCUAAUGCAGAAUUCAUGAGUUGCAACCGUAACUAAUGAAAUUACUUACAGCAAUGUCAGCGUGUCAUUUUUUUCCAAUAUUUAAGGAAAUUGACUUGUCUUGGCCUAUCCUCCUUUGCCAUUUCCAAGUAUCCAAUGAAUACCUGCCUUGCAAACUUGCAAAUUUUGCAUGUAGGUUAAUCGCCGUCACCAAAAUUAGUUUCAGAGUUGUGUGUGUGUUGAAAUUUCAUAUUAAUUUAGCAAACAGGCUGAAGCCAUCUGAACGGAGUUGCAUAAACAGUGUGGAAAUCAAAUAAAGACCAUAUGUGGAGGGAGUUGAUUUAGUCUUUUCCUUUAAUCUAUUUCAAUGUCCUCGCACCGCUCUUUCAUAUUUCAAACAAGGCUCUGGUAGUUUUAAAUGGUGAUUGGUGCGUACACUUAGGCAGAGUUGGACUUUGUCAGAAAUGUAGAGGUGCGACCAUGAAAGAUGAAAAGGAGGUGUUUUUGCGUUGAAUAUAGGGCUGCAACCUAUUUUCAUAGUUGAUUAAUCUGUUGAUUAUUUUCUCGACCGAUUAUCUUAACCGAUUAGUUGUUUGAUCUAUAUAAAAAUUUGAUAUACGAUUCCAAAUAAUUUAAAAGUUGACAACUAAUUGAUUACUCUAUUAAUUGUUGCAGCCCUCGUAUUGAAGCUGUUUAUGCACAGAGAUGCGGAGGUAGGAAAGUUCACAAGCUUGAUUAUUUUUUACCAAGGGUCUCAGUGGAUUGCCUGGAAUGCGUGUUUCUGUUCCCUUACGAGAGGAGUAUUAUAUUUUCAGCUUUAAUGUGUGUUAAUAAGUGUGAAUGUUAAGUGAUAUUUUUGGUUCUUCUUUUGAGAUGAUGCUACUCACCCCAUCCACUCUUUAUGAAUUUUUCGAAGAGUUGAAUAUUGGUUAGGAAAAAAUAAUAAUUUGGUGAUCUCUCCUUGACCUUCCUUUGCCAAUUAACGAGGACUCAAAAGUCUACCUUCCUCCUAGUUCCCUGUGAUUCAGAAAACACAGUGAAGGGGUGCUCGGGGAGUUCCACAGUUUUGUGUUAGCAAGAGCAUGGUGAAGUUCACCUAUUAUUAUAUUUUAUAGUUUGUAUUAUAUUUUACAGUUUUUUCUUUUUCUGCCAGUCAAGUACUUCGUGGGAGGCUCACCGUUAUUAGUUGUCACCAAAUUUAUAACGCAAUAGCACACGUCACAAACUACUGUAGACCUGUUAACUAGCCCCAAGCUCACUGUGGCUUUGCCUUGUAUGUAUGUAUUCCUUUUCCUUUGGAAACCGUUAGCAGUAAUGCAUGUUGACUAAAUGAUGUUGUCAAGGCCACAUGACAACAAACAUGGAAACUGGUUUUCUUUUCACCAGCUCUCUGCAUACGGCCAGAUGCCUAUACAAGCAUAAUUGUGUCAUAUAUUUUUACAUACAAGUCCUUUUAGGAGUUCAGUACCUCUUCACAUGCCCAUAUAAUGGUGCUAACGCUUGAUGAUGUAGCCUAACCUUCUUAGUAAGCUUCGCCAGGGAACCCAGUGGAAAUCUCUUCCUGCGUUCUUGUGUGUAUGGAAAAAAUGAGCAAGUGGCCUUGCUCUCACAGAUGCUGAGUGCCAUUGUCAUCCUCCCCCCAAGCUGAGGGAUGGAUGGAGAGCUUUGUGAGAUCAUAUAUGCAACCUCCCCUCUGAACUAUAAAUUAAUAGUAAAUAUAAUUAUAUUGUAAAAUUAUUAAUUAUAGUAUUGUGUUUGAAACUUCAAAUGUCUGUGUUACUGACUUAUAGGCAAUUCAUUUGAUUCAGCUAUAUGAAGCCUUGAGCAAGUCUUCAGAUUUAUUUUGGAAGGAAGUGAAAGGACCACACACAGCCCUACGAGUUUGGUUGUUCUUAAGUCCAAUAGCACCAUCACUAAGUAGUGAUUUUUAUUUUUUAGUUACAGAAGCUGCACAUGGUCAUGACUGCGUAACUUCUGGAAACCCUGAUUGUCUUUUUUGGCUAAUCUCUGACAUUAGAUUGUAUAAUCUUGCGUGCAUUGAGCUCCAUGAACUCCAGCUGAUGAUACACUUGGCAGCUUUUUGAGCAAUGUUGCAGGGCGGUGUUCCUGAUUAUUGUUGUUCGGGCACGUUCCCAUUGAUAUUGGGCAACAUUUUUUUAUUAAUCAGCAGAAGCCAUUAUCCAAUCAGACCAUCUGGAACUGGCUAUGUGGUUGCCCAGCAACAUUGUUAAAAAAAAGUUGCCCCCAGGUGCCCCACCUUAAAAGCUAUUCAGAUAUGAUAGUUCCGUCUGUUUUUGCAAGGCUCUGUUCUCUCUGUGUACUUUGUGUUGUAAUGUCAAGCUAAUGUCAAUUUUAGCACAUGCAGUGAGGCCAGUUGCUCUUAAGAUGACUUGCCUCUACCGAAUGGGAGGACUUUUAGUUUAACCAGGUUUUGCCAUUAUCAAGCUCCUCAAAAAAUUUGCUGUUCCAUUGUAUGUUGCCUGCAGUAGAAACAGCUUAUAAUGGUCCCGUUGUUUGCUGGUUGUUACCCAGGGCCUUGCUGUUGUGUUUGAUGGCAUCAUUUUGAGUCGUCCCUUUUAGCUAAAUGGAGGCUCACAAAAGAUAUCCUCUUCCAAUGGUUGAUUUUCUUCACUCUCCCGAAGACUAAUUUUUAUUACAUGUGCUGAUCCAGCUAUACAGCCGAACCGCAGUACCUCACGAGCGUUUAUCACAAGCACUUAGUGCGUCUCCUCUUGCUGCCCGACUGGGAAUGAUGUGGAACUUGUUGACAUGUCUUUUGUGUUGAUCUGAGGCAGUGUCUCUCUCUCUCUCUCUCUCUCUCUCUCUCUCUCUCUCUCUCUCUCUCUCUCUCUCUCUCUCUCUCUCUCUCUCUCUCUUUCUCUCUCUCUCUCUCUCAUCCCUACCUUUCUCCCAAGUCCUGUUUUUUUUCCCAGUCUUAGUAUGUCACUGUCUCUCUGUAUCCCUAUUUUAAACGAAUUGUUAAAUCUGUGUGGCUUUGGAAUUAAGGGUUGUGGAUAUAAGCAUGGGUGUUUGAACUGUGCUAAAUAGAGAAUGUUUUGAUAUAUGUUCCCUAAUAACAUCAAUAUUCUAUUUAUUCAAUUUGAGAAGUAGAAAAACUAAAGAGUGAACCAUGGCUACCUAUAGAGUCUUGAUAGGUAGCUGUACAAUCUUUUUUUUCCUUUAGAGGGUAGAUAUGGUUCCUUAGAGUAGCCUUUUUCUUCUCGACCAUCUGUUCCCUACAUUGUAUGUGCUAACAGAUGUCCCCUUAUUUUUGUCUAUCAAGGAAAUUAAAAAUGGGAUUUUAUUAGGAUUUUAAAAGAGUAAUAUAUUCAGGCUAAAUACUUGACUUAUUUGGAAGAUUAACCACUAUUGAGAGUUUUUGAAUCAAAUUGUAUUUGCACUGAUUGGUAGCCAAUGUUGGGUUUUCUGGGGUAUUCAAAACAAAAUUUUGUACACACAUAAAAAAAGUGAUCUUUAAAAAGAAUACUCAGAGGAAAAUAUUAUUCAGCAACAGGGUAACAUCUAUUAAAUCUGCCACUGAAACAGUAAUAAUGAAAACAGAAAACAAAGAUAUGUAUAGACACAAUCUUUUUAACAGAGUUAACAAGAUGAAAAAUAAAAUGAGAUAUUCUUCUUAGUGUCUCAUACUGUAAGGGAGUAUUCAUUGAAACAGCCCAAUUGCUGUUUGCUGUUUUCUGGCCCGGUACUAUGCUGUUGACUUUAAUUUCCUCCCCUCAUUUCCCUAAAUUUUUGGGGCCAUGCCACAGCAGGUUAAAUUUGCAAAGGCCAAGCCAAACCACAAUUUGUUCUGCCCUACCCAGAAUAUGAUCAAGUCAACAGCAAGCCAAUUGUGCUGAUGAAUAGCGAAGAGGGUAGGCAGGGGGGGAAAAAACAAGAACAACAGCUGAGACAUUUGGACUGUUUUAAUGGUCUUCUUUGUGCUCUACUUUGGCGGUUGAACGUGAAUUAAAGAAAUUACGGCAGUGGCAGAUAUUUGCUAGCAGCAACAAAAAGAAAACAGCAACAACAAAUAAACAAAAUAAGCAAAAUAGCAACCGAGAUGGGCAAAAAAAAAAAACAGACAAGCUCCACUGUUGAGCUGCCCAGUAAACCUUUUAAUUCACUGAUAAGCUCACCAUUUUGCCUUAUGAACUGAACUCUACCCCAGCUUGCUUUGAGACUAGUCACACGAUUCAAACUUUGGAAACGUGAUCUGACUCAUCAAGUUGGUAAUUUCUAUGUCGACUGUACCUAUGUCAUAAGCUACAGCUUAGCUAUAGAGCAACACGUGCACACUUCAAUUGAGAGAUUUUUUUGUCUCUGUAUUUUCUUUUGUUGUUUUUGUUUUGUUUGCCUUUUUGAUGAUGAUGAUGAUUAUAUCUGUGAUAUGAUAAUGUAAAAUUAAACCACAUUAAAAAAAAAGACUGCUCAUGUUAGUAUUCAUGUGUGCACAUUGCAGAUGAAUAAAGGAGAUAUAAUGUACUCCCCUGCUCCCAGUAUGUACGUUGUGUGACGCAACAGUAACCUAAGCCUGCCUUUCUCCUCCUGCUUCUUUAGGAUUGUCUGUUGUUGAAUUUUACACAAUGGCUUGGUAAUUGUAUAUUUUGUAUCAUGUACUUAAUUCCAAAGAGAGAAAAAAAAUGUCUUUCUCCCUUUUCCUCACGUCUUUUCUGUCAGUGCCCCAGCAAUGACCAUCUGUUUGGAGUCAGCUGAACAAAUUGCAUUCCUUGAUGUGUUAAUUGUUGCUUUUUUUCCUCUCGUUUUGUUUCCUUCCCCACUUAAUUUUCUUUCGAGUCCUUUUCUCAUUUCUUUUUUCCCCUGUUGCCUCUGAAUUUGAAAAUGAGUUUCUAGUUUAGAAAAAACGCGGCACUAAAUAAAUGGAUUGCUAACAUA